ACUUUCUAUCCAGAUGUCGACGUUCGGGAUUACGACACCGGCUACGCCAUCGACAUGGAACUCCCAGGUCUGGAAGACAAGCGCAACAUCAAAGUUGAAUGGACUUCCAAGCACGACAUUAUGAUCAGUGGACACCUUGCCCGAACCAGCUUGCCCUCAGCCGUCAAGCGUCAGGAUGCCAAUGGAAAGGAAGAUACAGACAGAUCUACCAAGGCCGCCGACAAGGACAAUAAAGAAGAUGGACUGACUCCAACGCUUUUGGUCAGCGAGCGCAAGACCGGCCACUUUCGUCGCAAGUUUCACUUGCCGAUGGAAGUGGAUGCCUCCAAUCUGAGAGCGAAGCUGGAGAAUGGCCUUUUGAAGAUCAGAGUU